AUGAAGUCCGUGGCGGCCGAGUUCAACAUCUCCGUGACGUGCUUCCUGGUGCCUGUCACCUUACCCUCGGAACAGUCGGAGGGAUCCCCGAUGGCGGCGGCAGCUGUUCCUCGGUUCCACCUCCGUUGGUUCACCACUGUCGAUGAGGUAGAGCCUCCCCUUUCUAAACCUUCUUCCUCUCGCUCAAUCUCGAGAAUUUCCUCAAGAAUUUACAAAAAAAUUACAAAGAUUCUCACCAAUUCCAUAAUCGGCUCAAGAAUUCAUUCGCGCUCUGUGUGUGUCUAGAUUGCAAUCAUUGCUUCGUAAGAUUAUGUCGUUUGGAGAUAACUCAGAUACCCAAAUGGAUAGCCUGAGAGAGGCAACAGUGGGCAGUGGAUAGGCCUUUGAACCAUGAAUAAGUCGCAGCCAUAAGUUCUGUGAUUAUCACGCGGGAAGAAGAAAGUUCAGACCGUGGGAGAAUAAAUCAUAUUGACCUUAGCCUUUAAUGAAGGUAUUUUCAUCCUCCGCUUUCUUCUAUGUUGCCUCAGUCCCCUUGCCCACCACUCCAAAAAUGGUGAUCCCAAGUUGCUGUUAGUGAAUAGGAGAGACAAGGGAGUAGGAAAGCAAAGAUCACUGAAGCCGAAGUAAUUGCAUAAAAUUAUCUUUUCAUUAAUAGGGAACCUUCACUUUUCGAUUAGGAAACUGCUGCAUGAGACUCAAUUUUUCGCCUCACCCUUCCUAUAGGACUCGUUGAGACCACUUCAUCCGUGCAUUGGACAAUUGAGUACUUUUAGUGGAGGUCCACACCUGUACUCACCGUGGUGGACAACCAGAGAGAGAGAGGGGGAAAAGAAAUCUUGAAGGGCUAUGAUGCUGCGACGAGUGAAACCUACCAGUGGGAGGGAGGUGAAUUAUUUCAUGAAGUCUAAAUAUUUUAAUCUAAAGUAGAUUUACCAGAAAGUAAUGACAAACAGUAAAAGGAUGUAUAAUUUUCGACAAUUCACAGACCUACUACACCUAUACCACCUUUGCGAUUUCCACGAUGUUUAUGUAUUAAACUCUUAAAUAUUAUAUUCUCAUUGAUGCUCAUUAAUAUUUCAUAUUGAAUUAAGUCGAGCUUAUUACCAAGGUGCCUUCUACAAUUAAUAGUAAAGGAUGCUCACCUUGGAACUUGAGUUUUAAUGUGGAAGAUGGAAGUGAUAUCCUUCUUAUUUAUUGCCUUUCUGAUAUUUUUCCACCCUCUAUUAGAGUCAUACUUAUGACAUGAAAUUUUUUUCUUUUAAAAUAACUAUAUUUCUUGUUCUUAAUAUUAUUCUAUGCAUUUUCUCUGUUCACAUCGAUGCAUGUUAACACUUUUACCGAUUAGUAUUGACACUUUAAUGAGUAGUUGAAGUGAUGAUUUCAAAUUUUGCGCUUGUCUUCUAUUUCAAUUUUUCUGUCAUUGACCCUUAUCCAUCAGGUUUUUGCGGUUUUGUUUUUGCUCUUUUGUAGUUUUAGCAGUUGUGGACAGUUUCAAUGAGUUUAGUUUAGCUGUCAAUACUCUCAGUGUUUUUUCUGCAUCAACCCUUUAACUUCUAGUGUUCUACCAAUGAUAAAUGUGUCUGGAUGAGCUAUUUGUAGACUUGAACAAUAUGUCCAUUUUUGAUACUAUAAAAUAUUUUAAAUAUAUACAAGUUAUUAGUCUUUUCUCUCUCAUUUUGUGAAGCAAAGUUGGAAAAAUUACCAAAGAUAAAUAGAGAUUGGACAGAGAAAAGAAAUCUAGAAAAAGGUAAUAUCGAAUGGGUCUAGAAGGAAGGAGGGCCUCUAGAGAUGCUGAAAGCAGCUGAUGAAGCUUCUAGAGAGAACACUUGAGGCAGAGAAAGAAAUGGAAAAUGGAGAUGGUUAGCGUGUGAUUGGAAUAAUUCUUAGUUUAGAAGAGUAAAUUUAGCUUAGUACUUAAGUAGAGGGCAGAUGGGUGCAAUAAAGGCUCUAUAUGUUGUAAAUAGGGAGUUACUGUGGGAAGGGGUUGCUCCUUGAUCUCUGUUACCAAUAUGUGCAUUGUUUUCUUGUAUUCCAUGUUGCUUUCUGCGUGUUGUCAUAUUAGUCCAGGAAGCUAUACGAAGGUUUCUUCUUCCUCUUUCUCUCUGUAUAUGCACACGCACACACACACACACACACACACACACACACACAUACUCGGCUUUUGGACUCUUGACUUUUCUCGGAAUAGAACUUGAAACUAGAAUGGUCCAGGGUCUCGUCAACCCACUCUUGUCCAGUAACCCCGAGACACUUGGAAUACUAACAUCAAAUCCGUUAGUAUCUACAAUGCCUUCGGCUAUUCUGAGGGAAGCUCGAUCACAAGAUAUUUCAAAGCCUUUAUUCAAGCAAUAAUACAAGAAUGAACUUAGGAUGAUGUAAAAGGAUGACACCCAGACCCCUCGGGGUCAUGGUACCUUCAAGGCAUCAUUUUUGUUGGCGAGUAUCCUUGUACUCAGCUGGGCCCUAGCCAAAAGGGGUGGGCCAAAACAACACGGCAACGAUCAACGGUGGCUCCAUACCGGGUGUGAUCGGAGUUGGAUUUCUUGAAUUUUAUGAAUUAAAGGAGAUUUUUUUACAAAAAAAGCUAAAAGGCCCAAAAGGAAGGAUUUAACCCAUGUGGAAGAGGCCCCUGGUGGGGGCACCCUUGAGAGUUUAAAACUCGACUUUUUAUUAAAUUAAAUCGAGCGAUAAAUCAGGUUUUAACGCCACCGGUGCAAAUCCGGUGUAUAUGUGUGUGUGUGUGCAUAUAUACAUGCAUAGGUGUAAUAUAUGUAUGCCUGUCUCUCUAUCCAUCUCUCUGCAGGUAUAUAUCCAUCUCAAAUUCAUGUCAAAGGAUUAGUCCCCUCAUUAACUCAUUUAGAACAAGGAGAUGACGAAACAUUGCAAGCAAGAUUCCAGCUGAAGGAUGGAUCUCUCAUGUCAUCUUUUCUAGUAUUACAUCUUUUCUGCCUUUUCUUCUUUGUACUCUUCUCAGCCCUAUUUUGAUCUCCAGGCAAAAUUUAAUGGGUAAACUUAUUCAUAAAAAUAAAGAUAGAAACAGAAUACAGUCAGAUUUCUCAUAGUUGGAGUUCAUUGUCAUGACAUUAAUUGCAAAAUCUGGAAAUUUGCUAUUUAUCUGAGUUGGCAUUUUUAUUAGCAUCUUAUCUUUCACUAUGUCGAUCAUCUUUUUCAAUAUGUUAUGAGAUUCGGACGGUUCACAACCUCAGUGUGUAAUAUAGAAAUAUACUUCUAAGCAGAUAUGGAUGGAAGAAAACUGAAUCGUAUUUGCCUACAUAUGCAGGUUAAUCUUUGCGGACAUGCAACCCUGGCUUCUGCACAUUUUCUUUUCACGUCCAGUUUCAAAAAAUACAAUGAAGUUGAAUUCAUCACAAAAUCGGGAAUAUUGAGUGCUAAGAAGGUGUACGGACUUGAGCACAUGAACAGCUCGAAAACGACUGCCACUGUGAAUGGGGAGCAGUUCUCUAUUGAGUUGAAUUUUCCUCUGAUUUCAGUGGUUGAAUGUGACGACACAGAUAUCCCACUGAUUUCUGGAACAUUGAAUGGUGCACUGGUGGUUGACGUAAAGAAAACAGCUGGAGAUGACCUCAUUGUACUACUUUUUCCUCUUUCAUUUUCUGCUUAGUGAUUACAUUUUCUUUAGUUCCCUUUAUUCUUCCAUUGUAGAUGCAUACUAAAGAUGCUACUAGUUUUUAUCUCUCUCAUGCAACCAUGGAAAACAUUUUUUGUUGACUGAAAGUUUGAGGCUGUGGUAUCAGAAUGGGAGUCCCUUAAAAUAACACGUAGGCACACAGAUAGAAGCGUGGUCAUAUUUACUUGGAGGUGGAUGAUCUUGUUUAUUUUUUUGCAGCUUUGUACUACUUUUUCCUCUUUCAUUUUCUGCUUAGUGAUUACAUUUUCUUUAGUUCCCUUUAUUCUUCCAUUGUAGAUGCAUACUAAAGAUGCUACUAGUUUUUAUCUCUCUCAUGCAACCAUGGAAAACAUUUUUUGUUGACUGAAAGUUUGAGGCUGUGGUAUCAGAAUGGGAGUCCCUUAAAAUAACACGUAGGCACACAGAUAGAAGCGUGGUCAUAUUUACUUGGAGGUGGAUGAUCUUGUUUAUUUUUUUGCAGCUGUGGAUGAUUAAUAACUCUAUGUAUUUCUUGAGAACAUCAUGUCUUUCAAAUGUAAUGGAGGAAUGAACUGUUGGCAGGUAGUGCUUGCAUCAGGAAAGGACGUUGCUGAUAUAAAACCACAGUUUGAGGAGCUCAAGAGAUGUCCCCGAAGAGGGGUUAUUAUAACAGGGCCUGCACCAGAAGGGUCCGGUUUUGACUUCUUCACUCGCUUCUUCUGCCCAAAGUUGGGUGUCAACGAGGUGAGCAUUUCGACGCUGAGGACAUAACCAGACAGAAGCCCUCAUACCUGCGAUUGUUUAUCUCCAGAUACUUACUAUUAUUCUUCCUUAAGGAUUUGGCCCAGCUUUCUCGUGGAACCUUCAUAUAAAUGCAUCACAGAGAUGCUAUACUCCUGAUAAUCACGUACUAAGUUCUCUCCAGCUUCCUCAAUCUAUGAGAACAGAACAUUUUCCAAGAGCUACGAAUGCACUAUAAUACCUUUUUUAAUGUUUCUUUUUAAUGAAUAUAAUUAGUGGAAAUGGAUUUACUUGAACGACAUAUUGGGUCCUUAAUUUACUGUGCUUAAAUGUUGAAUUUUGUUUUAUAUUUCUGGCUUUACUUAAUGUUCUUGUCUAGGUUUCUGUAUGUGAUUUAUAGGAAUAUUUUCAAUUUUAAUGUACUUAAAAUUCCCUAGGUUACGAUAACUGUAACCCUUGGGUGAUACAAUGAAAGUUUAGGUUUUGUGAAAUUUAAACUUAGCUGGAAUUCUUUACCCUGAGUCACGUGUUUGAUGGGUCAUGGAGACCUAAGGAACCAGAUAAUUUUCCUUGUCUUCAGUAAAAUUAUUGGCCCCAGUAAGAAUAAUGAUCAUUAAUGUGUCAAAUAGAUAUUUUAUGGUGUUAGAUGAGAGGUUGGAUAAACGUCUAAUCGUUUCCCUUCUAUUUUUACUUGAAAUCGGGGUCUACUUUUCAAAUUUCAGUUGCCAGAAGGGCCAGAGUGAACUCAGUCUGGUAGUAAGAUAGCAAAGCAAGCCAUCUUAGGGUCUGUUCUACAUGUUCCAUCACCGAUUUGAGAAUAAUAUAGAACUUUCUAACCUACCUGUAUUUACGUUUCUCAAAAUUUUGACCUCCCUGAAUUUUAUGCAGACGUAUUAUUUUAUUUGUUUCUACAACUUUUUAUUUCAAAAUCGCCUUCAAUUCGAUCGCCUAUUUUAUGUGUGCCCUUUUCUCUUGUUAGGAUCCCGUCUGUGGAAGUGCCCACUGUUCAUUGGCUCCCUAUUGGGCCAGAAAGCUAGGAAAGAAUAACCUUGUUGCCUACAUGGUACUCUCCCUCUCUCUCUCUCUCUCUCUCUCUCUCUCUCUCUAUGUCUUUUCAUGAGAGAGGUCGAUUGGCUGAUGAUACAUGUUCAUUUUUGUGGAUGUUAUUUGGCUCCCUAAUAAUGAAUGUAUUUGGUUUUCCUUGCAUGAACCAGGCUUCUCCUAGAGGUGGAGUACUGGAUCUAGUGUUAGAAGAGGAGAAACAACGAUUGAGGAUACGAGGACAAGCGGUCACAGUUAUGACUGGUACUCUUUUGUGCUAG